CUUUCAGUAACAUUGGUUCCAGGAUUCGUUCUACGAAACAAGACGUGCAACCAGACUCAUCCCUGCCCAUGGUGUGUUCAGUAGUGUACCAGUAAUUGGCACUGUAAGAUGAGGUGAUAGGAGGCGCUGUGGCAGGAUGCACCACUUGCUCUGGGGGAAGGUGGUGCUGCUGCUGGUGGGCGUGGUGGCAGUGCUGCAGGUGGUGCACCUGGUGCUGCUGAGCCGGCUCGAGUCGCGCCACCGCCGCCAGCCUGCCACGGGCCACGCCGAGCCCCUCCUGGUCGCCGCCGGCACUCAGCAGCACGGUCGGGUCCUGGACGCCAGUGGCGAGUACCGCCUGGUCCCUCACCUGGCCACGACAGCACGCCGGCCAGUCGCCGCAGACACCACACUCGUCACACAGUGCUCUUACGGGCACCUCCAGCUCAUCCCGGCACUUGUCGAACGUUGGCAGGGCGUGGUGUCGGUGGCGGUGUAUGCCGAGUACCGGGACCUGUCGGCAGCACUGUGGGCCGUCGCCAGCCUGCGCUCGUGCUACUCUGGCAUCCGGCAGAAUGUGUCGUUCCACCUCGUCUCGCCGAUGUCCUCUGCGGGAGGGAGGGGCAGGGAGGUGGCGCCGCAGCCGCCACUCGUCCCACCCCCACCGAGUGGUGCCGACCCGUGCAGCACGGCCGGCAUGCAGGUGUCCGGUGCCUAUCGAGCCAAUUAUGCCGGAGGCGCCCGUUACCCGAACAACCUGCUGCGCAACGUCGCUCGUCGAGGUGCCGAGACCGAGUUUGUACUCGUCGCAGACAUCGACAUGGUGCCGAGUGCAAACCUGCGAGCGGAUUUUUACGAGUUCGCACUGCGGGGCCGUCUCUUCAGCGAAUCGCGGCGUGAUGACAAAACUGUGUAUGUGGUGCCAGCCUUCGAAGCUCCAGAGGCCAUCCCUCCUCCGGAGGAUAAGGCACAGCUACUGAAGCUGGCUGAGAAGGGCCUGCUGCGGCCAUUCUACAUAGAGCUCUGCCUCAAGUGCCAGGUGCACACAGAUUAUGAAGCGUGGCAGAAGGAGCCGCCAUCCAAGGGUCUGUCACCAUUGUUUGAAGUUCUGUGGAAGGACCCGUGGGAGCCGUUCUACAUUUCUCGCAACUCUGUACCCUUUUACGAUGAAAGAUUUAAGCAGUAUGGAUUUAACAGGAUCAGCCAGGUGUGCGAGUUGCAUGUUGCAGGCUACAAAUUUUCUGUCCUGAAUAAUGGAUUCCUUGUACAUAGAGGUUUGAAAACAGCCAAUUCAUUCCACACUAGCAAGGACAUUGAACAGGAACGAAAUAGGAUGCUGUUCCGGCAGUUCAAGAUAGAACUGAAAGACAAGUACCCAGAAUCAUCUCGCCGCUGUUACUGA